GACCACCAUCAUUUCAACGUCUUAGCCUUGGCCUAGUACUCAACAGAUCAUUGUGGCGUGGCCCACUUAAUCUGGAGAACCGAGUUGUACACUGACGAAUACCGGUAAAUUGACGAAAUCAGGCAUUGUAGACCACAGUAAACCCCCGACUUUCCGGAGAUUAUAACAAUAACAAAGCGCCUACACAGAUUGAACUUUGAAUUGUGGCGAAGGCGGCAAGCUCAAAGACCUUGUCAUUAUAUGGCAAGCAUAUUGCAGAACAGGACUAGCUAACAGGUGGAAUGGACGUCCAAGGUGAAGAGAGGCCGCGACCGGACAGCAUCUUCAGAAGUACUAUCUGCCCAUAUAUUUGUAUAUCCACUACUUCUCUCGACUCGGAUUCGAUAUCUGGAUCACAGACCUGACAGACCUGAGCAAGUUACUACCAAUGCACAGCGCUUGUGUUCGUCAAGGCGUUUGCAUCGGAUCACUCUCAGUGUGGUGCGAAGCAUACACUUCUAGCUUAAUGUUGAGCCUCGUUGGCAUCGAAAUCCUGGAAGAGGUUGCCCUGUAAGAGACGACAGUGUCUUUCUCAAUUGCGCCAGUAUUGAACGGAGCCAGAAAAAUAUGGUUGAGGUCGACUUCCUUCGUUUGAUUUAGACGCCAUGCUGGCUUCUCUGUCGCAUCGACUCUUACUCGUGUCUGCUGUUAGCCACAGUCACUUUCAUACCAUGACCACUCCUCGCGAUGUCCAAGAAUUUCUCAACGGUUAUCCAAGAGCACGCGACGACUCUAAGCUAUUGGCAAACCACAAGUUCUACUCCAACCAACUGCGCUGCCAGCCUAGUGAUCUCUUGAUCGAAGAAAUCCACGAUCAAUGGAUGGGAGAUUAUGACGAGCUGGAGUAUAACCACGGAUUUAUACAGUGGCUGUUUCCCAUCCAAGAGGGUGGUAUGAAUUAUGAAGCACAAGUCUUGCAGCCCCACGAGAUCGCCAAGAUGAAGGCGGAUCCUGUCAUCCUCGGGCGAAUUCUGAGUUCAUACAAGCUCAUGCUCGACUUUUACGGGAUGCGUCUUGUGUCACCUGAGACCGGACUAUUGGGUCGCUCGAUACCUCCACGGAACUACGCUCCGCGAUACAAGAAUCUCAUUCGAUCAUCCCACAAUAAUCUGCGUAUCACGCGCAUCUUGAAAUGCCUGUCUGAGUUCGGUUUCGAGUACCUGAAUGCAGGAUUUUUACUGCAUGUCCUGAAUGAGCAGAGCGAGAACGAUCAAUUGAACUCUCCUCGUAUUCGGGACAGCAUGGACAGAUGGUGGGCAAAUUGCAUACGGAACCACAGGGAAAGGGAGUGGAUUGGGAAAGUGAUCAGUGACGCGAGGCAAGAGCAUGUGUUCACGAGGGAAAUGUAUGAGAGUGCACUGGAGAGAAGGAGGCAAACUCGCAGCCUGGCUGAGUAGUCACGGGAAAUUCUAAUACCGGAAAGAAGGCGUAAUCUGUGCAUAUGGCUCGGAAUACAGCACUCAAUUGAAUAACAGGCAAUAUGGUGCCAUGAGUUCAAGAUAACAGCACCUUGUUGAUGAGUGAGCGGCCCUUGGUAAGCGGUCUGCGUCAGUAAAGAAGACAGAACGUAAAGUAUUCAUGCGUUGAUUACGGGAAGAGUGUAAUAGAAUAAGUACAUUAGCAUGCGGUAUUCUGAAUGACAAUGGCGGGAUAAGCGAUGUGUGUUCGAAGGAUAAGACACUCGAAAAGAAACAUACACUGAAGCGAGUCUUUAGUAAGACAUUUUUUUUGCGGGUCAAAUGCGAACUCGUGUAAGAAUCAUGACAGAUUAGCCAGCUUCGAGAACAAAACAUCUCGUCUUCUUCUGUCAUACAUGUUGCUGACGGACUGCAGCAGGCCUUCGAUAGAUUCAAAUAUCUGACUUCUCUUGCUGUAGUCACAGCCAUCUCCGACGUCGAGUUGAUAUCCACGGGUGGUCAAAGACACCCUUAUAGUAUUUCCCUCUAAGAGGGUAACGAAAGCCGUAGCUUCGUGGGGAGAGGAGGACUUGAGCACGUCGAACCGAGCGAGUCCGAAAGAUUGCUCGGCAAGUGCUCUUUUGAGCUCAGCAUAGUAGAAGGAGGGCGGGGCGAAGGAAUCCAUGUCGUGUGGAGAUGUGGGCAGACAUUUUGCAGGAAGGAGGAGGUUAAAUAGCAUUGAAGAGCAGUGAAGGGAAAACAUGCAGCAAGUCUAUGUCCUGAAAAACUCUAGUGAACUGGUACCCUGACCUAGAAUACCAGACGGGUGAAAGCGAGAUGACGUCUCGAGCGCUUCAGCAAAUAAGCAUGGUGAUUGGACUAGCGUAUGUCCCUUGGCUUGAUGGUUGGAUAUAACUCUUCGGGGAUACUCCUAUGCUUCGUGGU